UUUGUGAAAUUUUGAGAGGAGAAGGAGACUGAGUGGGGACAAUCAAUUGUCUUUAUUUAUAUAAAUAAAUUUAUUUAUCAAGUAAAUCCUGUUGUUUAAGAUAAGUGUAAGUAGAAUUGUGUUCUUCGGUUCAAACUAUAUCUUUGUAAAGUGAGCUCUGAGCUGCCUACUAUAAUAUAUUAUUAUUUUAUUUUUAUAACAAUCCCUCCUGCGUUUGAGGGGCCCACGCGGACAGGCCGGCUGACCUCCAGCUGGCUCUUGAGUCGUGAAAUGAUGCUGUUUGAUGUCACAUGUGAUUCACUUCACCCUCACGACCCCGCAUAGCGAUCUUCCUGGCAUGAUUAAUUGUUAGCCACUGGUUGUCGCUCCUUUAAUAGCGCUGAUGUGACCGAACAGGCAGAAUUUACCAAUAUUACGCUGCACGGGAGAUCACGUCACAAUCACAGCACCAACUUAAUGCAGCUCUAAUUGGAAGCGCUGGUUCUCCCUGGUGAUGGGUCGCUGCGCCUUCGCUCUGAAUCCAGGGUGUUGUGUGUCUUUCAUGACACACUGUACAGGUUGUAGUCAGAGCAGUCCCACCGUCUUAUAGAAUAAUCGGGUUUCAAGGAGAAAUCAUGUGGAAAUUACGUUACGUCUUGCUUGUGCGGGAAUUCCCCGCUUGUUUGUAUAAAACCUGGAGAUGAAAGCAGCAGCUCAGUGUUACUGUUUUACCAAGUCCCAUCACAGGUCUCUCUGUCUGCUCCGAAAAAAUGAGACACGUUCAUUUAUGUAAGUCAGUGACAACCGAGUGAUCAAAUGCGCUUUUUAAAUUGAUCUAUUUUAUUUUUAUUUUUUUUUUACUGUUCCGUUUUGGUUGUGUGGUUGCCCAAAACUUGAUGCUAUCGCCGGUGUUGAUGUUUCUCCUGCAGGCUUUUCCAGCUGCGCCGCGCUGCCGCUGAUGCUGAUGCUGCUCAACUGGCGCACAUCCACGGGGCUGCCGCUGCCGCCGAGCGCAAACAACAGCGCACAGUGCGCAAGUCUCUUCAGGGACCUUCUGCUGAGUGUCACGGAGGUUCUCAAAAGCGAAGAUUUGUGUUCCAGCUUGAUCAAAUCCAACGAGAUGCCAAUGAGGAGCAGCGAAACAGUGCGGGCCUGCUCUCCCGCUUCGACUCAGAACUCCGGCUGCGGGAUGCUGAGCAAUUCGUCCUCCAAUUCGUCCUUCAGUGAGAAUGAGUGUGUGAUGAACAUCAUGAGGGAUUUGGCCUUCUACCAUACCGCCAUUGAAACGUACCUCAAGUCCCCACUCCACAGGCCAGAGACGGAAAUUCCACUUCUGAGUCCGACUCUGGGAAUCCUUCGGGACCUGAGGAAGAACUGCUCCUCGAUGGAAACAGGAGAGCACAACUCUUCUGAGGACGCGCCCGGUCGGUGGGGAAACGCCUCCUACGUGAACCGACAGAAGAUGUGUAAGAUGAUGAGAGGCUUCCACGUUCGCGCCGUCACCAUCAACCGAGCCGUGGGCUACAUCUCCUCGGGGGACCACAGGAAGUAGACACACCGAAGCUUCCUGUCUUCCCUCCAUAUGAUUCACCGCACCAAACCCGCAACUGUCCCUCGCUGUCGUCACAAGCUACUGAACGUGUGGUGCUUAGCGCCAAACGAAGCUGCUCAGGCAUAAGCUAUCCGUGGACCCUCUUCUCUUUGUAAGAGCCAAGGGUCCGCCAGUCUGUUAAGAACGGUCAUAUUGGCCCGGUGUCAGUUUAUGAAUGUAUUCCAGUAUUCGAUUUAAUUUAUUUAUUUAUUAUUUAUUUGUAUUAACUUAUUACAGUAUUA